AUGAAGCGUUUCGCUAACCAAAAAUUUGACGACACCUUAUCGCCAACAAUUGGUGUGGACUUUAUGCCGUCCAAAAUUGAAAUCGAUGGACGCUUAUUCACUCUCUCGUUUUGGGUAAGUUUUUGGACCCUCUAUUUAUCGCAUGCUUCCAAGGACACCGCUGGAGCUGAGGCAAAUGGAAUGACAGCCUUGCAACCCCUAUUCUAUCGAAACGCUGAAGGCGUUCUUCUAGUUUAUGACGUCACAAAUCGCGAGUCAUUUGAGAAUAUCAAGAAUUGGGAUGACAACGUUAGCUACUACACAAACAAUCCAGGUAUAAUCAAAAUGCUGGUUGGAAAUAAAAUCGAUUUGAUGGAGCGGAAUGUGCGAAAAGAGGAAGCUCGUGAUUUCGCCUUACGCUCGUCCAUGCUCUUUGUCGAGACCAGUGCCCUAACAAGUGAAAAUGUCAACAAUUGUUUCCAUCAGCUUGUAUCAUCCAUUGUGCAAUCUCCUACCUACAAGGAAAUUCGGAAACCGAGUACCGGUGACUCUGGGUUCAGCCUUUCCGCAGAACCUCGUGGAGAUACGGCAACACCACCGACGGGUGGCGUUUGUGCUCGGCCAAUUUACACUCUGGACAUACAUCCUGAUGGAAAACGUCUCGCCACCGGCGGACUCACUGACGGUGGUGGUUUAAUUAUUCUCUGGGACAUGUCCAUUAUCAGAGACCCUGGCAAGGAAUCAUCGUGCUCCCUCAAGAAGCUCUACCAAAUGGAUAGCCAUCAGGCUUGCGUGAAUUGUGUCCGCUGGUCGCCCACGGGUCGAUGGCUGGCUUCAGGCGGUAUGGAUCGUGUCAUAAUGUUGUGGGUUAAAACAGUUGCCGGUGCAAGAUCCAGCGCGGUAUUUGGUGCUUCGGAGAAGAUGAAAUUCUCCGAACACUGGAGAUGUGCUGCGGUUCUGAGACACCAUACCGGUGGUAUGCCAUUUUGCAUUGCUUUCCUUGCAGAUUUUAACAACAUAAUUAGCAAAGUCAAUAAAUUCUACUUUUUACAUAAAUUCCAUAACCUCGUGGCUGUUCAGUAUCCCAAUGCUUCACAGCUGCUGCAUUGGUUUAAAUGUGUUUCUUUUGUAGAUAUUAUUGACCUGUCUUGGGCCCAAGACGGCGCCAGACUCGCUUCGGCGAGUGUUGACAACUCGGUGGUAAUCUGGGGCGUCUCCUCCACCACCACCAGUAGCAGCACUAGCAGUACACACCAGCCAUUUCAGUGUGUUGCCGUGCUACGCGGUCACCGAGGCCCAGUGAAGGGCGUCGCGUGGGACCCCGCCGGCCGGUACCUCGCCACACAGGCCGACGACCUCGGGGUCCGCAUCUGGCGAACUGCGGACUGGCAGCCAGAGAGCAAAAUAACGGCGCCGUUUGCUAAUGCUGCGGAUCAGAGCGAGGUGACUCGCCUCUCCUGGAGUCCAGACGGAUCAGCCAUCGCCGCGCCCCACGCCGUCAACAACAAAUUCCCCACGGCCCAACUCAUCACACGCAAUCGGUGGCAAACUGGCCUGGAUCUGGUUGGCCACGAGAAGCACGUCACUUGCGCUAGGUACAAUCCCAAUCUCUUGCAGAAAGCCGACGGAAAGGGGUCAUCUGGUAUGGUUUGCCUCGCUCUCGGUAGCAAAGACCGUUCGGUGUCGGUUUGGACAACUCUAAAUAACCGUGCGCUGGUGGUUAUACGCGAUCUCUUCACAAGCUCAGUCACGGAUCUAACCUGGAGCACAAGUGGCUGUGAAUUGCUGGCGUCUUCUUUGGACGGUUCCAUCUCGUACAUGGCGUUCACCAAGGAGGAGCUAGGCGAGCCCAUGAAGCUGGAGGAAGUCGCUCGGCUUCACCGGAAGCUGUUCGGCCAGAGCCUCCUGGACGGCCUCCUGCGUCCACAGCAAUCGUCGGCGACGUCGAACGGGCAUUCCGUGGGGGAGAAUUCGGGUGAGGCCGUGGUCCUCGAGACGCCUGAGGCUCUUGCGUUGCAGCGGUCGCAGGCGGAGUUGCGGCAAAAGCUUGACGCCUCCGCCUCUCUCUCUGCCGCGCCGUCUGCCAAAACCGUCGCGAAACAGCUUCGGGUGCGUAGGGGUGGGGUUGUCAUAGCAUCCGUUUACCACGCUGAGGAAGCCUUACGUCCCUCGGCUCAGACGGAAGUUAGGACAAAGGACGGACGAAGACGAAUCACCCCGAGUUUCCUUGGUUCUCUGGACUGUUUGGACGAAGAGCCACCGCCAAGUUUGCCAGCAGUAGGUGAAGAAUCUUCCAAAUCUUCUGAAACAGCACUCGAUAUGCCUUCCAAAUCCUCCCCUCCUGCUCCUCCUCCUUCGCUCCCACCGCCACCACCACCUCCCCCUCCUCCUCCGCCCGAGAAACCCCCACUAGCGGCUACCAGCACCGCCAAUUUGUCGAGAGAGGAUACCAUGCCACCAGCCAAGAAGAACAACACGUUUACCAGUGACGAGCUCAAAUCCCACGCCAAGUACGACCGACACAUGCACCCACCAGUGGAGAGUAAGCAGCGGCUACCGAAGUCUUCCUCGGAGGAAACUUUGAGCACCCAGAAGAAGCGAAAGCGUGUCGAAUUGACCACGAUUUCGGUCGAAACGAAGACAAUUGAGAAGAAGGAGAGGGAGAAGGAGAAGGAGAAGCCCAAAGAGAAGCCGCAAAAGAAACGCAAACGCUCAAAAUUCCUCGCUGACAAGGAGUUUGGCGAUGUCGAGUCCGCCGGUGAAUCGCGUGUCGUCACCGCCUCACUCAGUCCGGCAAAGGUCGCCGAUAAGCCCGCGGAGAAGCAGGAGGGUCGAAAUGCCCCAUCCACCGCCUCGACCCGCGUCUUCAAGGCCGCCGCGCCGCCGCAUGCCUGCGCGGUGGACCAACUGGAGCAAAGCGGCCAGCGCGCGCAAUUUGUCUGCUGUCACCCCACGGAGGGACCAAUCUUCGUCAGCAUCGGCAACAGCGAGGGCGGAAAGGGCGCGGUGCACAAGAUAACCGCCACGCGUCGCAGCGCCACCAACUCCAAAGCCUUCUGGACGUUGUCCUCCUCUGACCGCUUCACCUCCCACGCCCACACCGAUAACUGGCUUGCAGUCGGUGACGCGUGUGGCCGUUUGAGGCUCCUGUGGAGCGUCGGUUCGCCUAUCUGUCCACCCAUCCUCCUCGAUUCCGCACCCCAAUUGCUCACCACAACGACCCUCGACUCCUCAUCAGUGCGUUUGGCGGCAGUCACGUCGUCCGGCCUGCUGAUCGUCUGGACUCUCCCCUCCAAAGUCAUCCACACCGCCCGACCCUCCUUUGGCCAGACCCUCGGUCAAAACCUCCCCCAGACCCUCGUCGAGACCCGAAUUGACACCAGCAGCAGCUCCACCUUCAGCCCCGUGAUCAGUCUCGACUUCUCCUCCGACGGUGGCGGACACCCGGUGGUGCGUCUCAAGUCCGGCUCCUGUUUGCUCUACCACACGGAGCGGCGCCUGUGGAUUGAGUUGUUUGACGCCAACGCCGACGAAUUCAAGUGUCGCGCCGCGGCCACAAUCCACCGCGGCUGUCCCUCGGGUCCGCUGGCCGCGAUGCAACAAUUCGGACGUCUGGAGGUGGGCACUGCGUGCGCGGUAACCGCCUCGACGCCGGCGCAGCGGCGUGCGCUGCGUGAAUUUCUUGACGCGCAGGUGCAAGCCGCGGAGCUGUUCGGAUCGGCUGCCGAGUUCAAGUUUUGGCUCCUGCGGUGGUUCAGACAGCUCAUCGAAGAGGGUAAGACGCCGUUGGUCCUACUAUGUCCUCAAUACCAUGUCUAA